AUGGAACCUCUUCCUUUGGGUCCAGAGGCUGUCAGGAACAAUCAUGGUGAGCAAAAACAGGUACUGUCACCAUACGUCGAAUCAAUUGACGUUCUGUCUGUUGAAUCCCUGAUGCAAACGAAUGAUGACUACGGAUCGGCUUCUACUAUCGCAAAGAAAGAUCCUAUCCAGCUCUGUUCUUCCAUCUUGGACCCUUUAGUGGACCAACCAGUAAGGAAAAAGCUAAGCCUCAGUGCCAGCUGCCAUUCAAACCAGCUAGUACUGCUGGAACAACAACACCAUGCCUUGGAGGAGGAACCAUGGGAACAAGCGAACAAGCGACAGAAACUUCGCCAUCAACAGUUCGAAACUUCCGAUGAUGAAAGCAUGGCUCGCUUCAGACCUUACCAAGAAGACCAAUGGCGAAUCCAGUUCAAGAAGCUCAUCGAGUUCAAGCUGAAAAAUGGACACUGCGGUGUUCCUCACAAGUACCCAGAAGAUCGUGUACUUGCUAGAUGGGUCAAGAGGCAACGCCAUCAGUACAAGAAACUGAACGACAACGACCCCACGUCCACAAUGACAGCUCGUCGCGUUGAAGAUCUAGAAGCAGUUGGCUUUGUGUGGCAUGCCCAUGCUGCAGCAUGGCUAGAAAAGCUAAACGACCUGAAGGCUUUCAAGGAACGAACAGGUCACUGCAAGGUCCCAUCUCACUAUCCCGAAGAUGCGCAACUAUCUACAUGGGUCAAGUGUCAAAGACGUCAGUACAAGUUGUAUGUAUCCCAAGGCUCAUCGAGUAUGACUUUCAAGCGAUUACACGCGUUGGAAAGCCUUGGCUUUGUGUUUGAUACUCGAAGCAAAAAGGUUGCCAAGAAGAAUUCCUCCAAGUCCCCAACAUAG